AUGCUCCAUAGAAGUCUAACGACAAAGAGGAUCCCAGUGGGACUACAGUUUACUAGGUCGAUAUCUGGUUCAUUUUCGCUCCCAGUCAACAAGACCCUAGAGGUUCUAAAAGCCACCAAUGCCAAUUUCGAGGGCCUCUUUUCUCAUUCAGCCUUGGAUCAAUUAUGGUUUAAACAGGGUAAUCAAUUAAUUCAGAAUUUGAAUCAACAUAUGAUUCAAGCGUCAAACUUGGAGGACAAGUCAUACACUUUACCCGAACUUGUUGCUGCCACCAUCAAUAAGCCGGAAUUAUACCAUAUACAUAAAAAUGCAUCGAAGUUGCACAAUCUUCACCAAUUUUUUGAAAAUUUACGACCUUUGCAACAGCAAGUUCCCUUUGAGACUGUCAGACCUAAUGCUCUGAGCUUGUUGGAGACUCCCAAUGGCGACUCCUUUGACAAUGUGCCCACAGAUGAAGUUUUACUCGAUUGGAUUAACCACUCUUUUGGAUCAGUGGUUGAGUUUCGUACAUUGUUGAUAAACACGGCGAAAGCAAUCAAGGGAGAUGGGUCGGUGUGGCUAGUUGCUGAGCUGACUAUUGGACAGAAUUAUUUGAAUAGAGGUCCAGGCAGUGGAGCCAUCUCUGGAUUCACUUCAACACCAACAUUUCACAAUUUAGCCAUUGUUGUGACAUAUAAUGGUGGCACUGUUGAUGAUUCAGAAAGAUCUGGUCAAAUUAGACGUAUAAAGAGUAUGUUGCAAGGUGAGGGCGAGGGUAAUCCCGCUGAAGAUGAUGUCGAAGAGAGUGACGUUAAAGAAGAGAAAGUAAAUGAAGAAUUUGAACCAAAUGCGUUGAAAUUGGGUACUGCUGAACAAGCAGAAUUGGAAACAUCGUAUUUGAAUAAAAAAUUAAUCCCGGCAUUGUCAAUUGACGCAUCACCAAGAAACUAUUUGUUAGAUUAUGGUGUGUUUGGUAAACAAAAAUAUUUGGAAAAUUGUUGGGAAUGUAUUGACUGGGAUGUGGUGUUGAGAAGAUUACCCAAUAGGUCGAAACAAGCAAUCACCGUGUAA